ACGUGGUGUUCUUUGUUCCUCCAAUCACUGUCAGAGAAUAUCCCGUGUUCUGAUUGGUCGUUGGGAAAGAAAUCCGGCCAAUCAAAGAGGUCUUCUUUGGACAGUGAGGCACGCUUGGGUGAGCGGUCAGAGGAAGCAGCUAACUGUGUUCAAGCAGCAGAACAGCUGUCCUCAUGGGGGUGUUAUCCACGCUCAUCAGAGGUCUGGUUCGCGGUGCGGACAGGAUGUCGGAGUUCACUAGCAAGCGCGGAUCCAGGACCCACAACAAAGGGAGGGGCGCACGGCCUGCAGGACUGCGGCUCUCCAGCAGGAAGUUUGUGGCGGUGCAGGCCAUGAUCCCAGAGUUUGUGGUGCCCAGUUUGGAAGGCUUCAAGCUCAGGCCGUACGUGUCGUACCGCUCCUCGGAGGGAAUCGAGCCUCCGGUCACUGCACAGAGUUUAUUUGAUGAAGCCGUCGCUCCUCAGAUCAGGAAAGACUUUGAAGAAGGCUCCUUCAACCCAGAGCAGCUGCAGAAGUAUGGCUUUGAGCCCACACAGAAAGGGAAGCUCUUCAAGCUGUAUCCAAAGAACUAUGUGCGCUAGCAGCUUCACAGCUCCUGCAGAGAACCGGCUCUGUUCUGAGAGCUGUUUACGUCAAUGAAAGGAACUGACCUCCUGCUUUCACUUCCAUUUAAUACAGAACAUUUGACAGAACCACAGUUGUUUACUGGAAUAAAGAGACCGACUGUA